AAGCUAUUGAUAUCUCAAUUUGCUGACGAGCUCUUUUAUGAUUGGCUGCUAUUAUUAUCUCAUCAAGCUGACGUUCAAACCCCAAACGAUUGCAUAAUUUGACACCUUGCCGGGUAUAUGUAUCUAUAUCUCACGGCCACCUAAACGGAAAAACCCUGAAUGACGUCAAUGAACGACGCUUUGUGUGUGUUGCUGUUGCUGCCCUCUGUUGUCAGAACAUUUCUUGUGUGGCUGAUAGCCUCGGACAUAUCUGACACUGGACAUUUUUUUUCUAUUUCGGGAGACAACAAGUGCGUGCCUAUGGAACAGAAUAGACCCUCACAAGAGCACCUCCGUGACAAUUUCGAGGAAAGUGGCAACAGAGAACUAGAAAAUGACUCUAAUAACUGUUAUGCUUUCAUUGAUCUCACAAGGGACUCUGACAACGAGGAUCUUCCUAUGGAAGAAGACGACGAUGAGGUAGUCUGUCCUGAGGACGAGCUACGGAACGCAAAGAGGCGUCUGGUGGAAACAUUCUUAAAACAAGAGGCGGCUAGCAAAGAACCUGAGCAAAAGCUCGAAGAAGCACAAAGUGCAGGCUACUCCACAGAGUUGAACAGAUUGCUGUCAGGGUCUCUAGACUUAACUGUGCUUGAGGCUGAAGAGCUGUUGAUGAAGACACAAUUUGAGAGUCUCUCUACCACAGACGAGCUUCAAAGUCCGAAGUUCAAGAGCAAGUCGUGCUUCUGCUAUUUGCUGCUUGAUCCCAGGAUCACCCAGAACCUGCCUUCACGAACCGAGUUACUCAGUGACCUAGAAGGUUUUAAAACAUUUCUGCUGGCCAUAUUCUACGUUGGGAAAGGGCAACAGUCUCGUCCGUUUAAUCACCUGCGUGACGCACUAUCACAGCAAGACACACCAGAACAAGAAGUCAGCAAGAAAAUUCAACGCAUUCAAGAUGUGUGGGCCUCUGACAGAGGAAUAAUUAUGCUGUAUUGUUUCCAGAAUCUCAUUCAUGAUGAAGCCUGUGCUCGAGAAGCAUGCAUGAUAAAUGCGAUUGGUCUGCAACAACUGACCAAUCAAAUACAAGGAAGCUACUCUAUCAUGGAAACGAAGACUCGUGAACAGAAGUGUGAAAUGGGUGCUUACCUUUUAUACAAAGCUUAUAAAAUGUUCUUGCUUGAGGGUGAGAAAGAAAUUAGUUGUAAUGACAUGAAGCAGAAGAUGAAGAAAGCCAUUGGACCACAGAAACUUGGGACUGGAGACUACAAUUUAUCUGCAAAUCAUCUAAAAGAUCUAACAUGAAUGCAGCAAAAACACACAAUAAACAGAGCUUACACAACUGAGAAAGUCUCAGCAACAGGGAAAAGCUGAGAUGAAUAUAAAUAAAACUGGCAACAUCUAAUUUAUGAGCAGAUAUGGCAAUUCGGUAAACAAUGAAUAAACAAAACUGCAGAAAAGGAAAAAAAUUAAGUGACUUUUAUUAUCUUCAGUAAUAAAUGUAAAGUGCUAAAUUUUAAUGGUCAAAAUUUGAUUAUAUUAAUCUGCUGUGAACUCCAUCAGUAUUUUUACUUGUAUUAGUAGUGGCAUUACUGUGGACAACGUUGAUUCAAAGAUUCUGAGGCAUCAAUUUUGUGUGUGUGUAAACAUUCAUGAUAUAAAUAAUGGAUAUAUAUUUGUCUGCACCAUAAGUUUUCAUAUGUAUAUGAGUGUAGUGUCUGUUUGAACUUUUGUUUGAAAAAAGCCCAGACAAAAAACAUAUUUUGUGUGGUUUAAUCCUUACGGAAGGCAAGUAAAUGUUCAAAUAGUGCAUGUGUCAGUAGUGUUGUAAGUGCUAAAGUAAUCAGCUGUUGAAAAGUAAGAAAAUUGUUUUACAAAAUGGUUAAAAAAAAACCUAAUUCUCUCAAUUUCAUCUCAACGAUGGAAUCAAUAUUAAUGAGUUUUUACAGGGUUUUGGUAUCAGGCUUGAUAAAAAUGGGUCACCUAUUUGAAUAUGAACAAAUGUGUGUGUGUAUAAACAUUUGCCAGAUUGAGAUUCUUGUGCAUAAAAAAGUAAAGAAAACAUAACUGAUAAAGCAUGCCAGACAAGCAAAACAAAAAUAUGAAUGUUGUUUAUUUACCAAAUGUUGGUAGCAAGUUUCAACAUUAAAAGCUCUUUCCA